AGAGCUGGCAUUUGCAAAGGAACAUCCCAUUUGUGCAGCAAGUCGAGCGAGCAUGUGCACCUUAUGGGUUUCCUUCAUAGUGCUGCUUAUGCUGACAGUGUGGUGUGCUGGGGAAAAGUCUCCACUCUAUGGUGGGACUAGAUGGGCAGAAAAGUUUGAUGAUGGUCCAUCUUCAGGCAUUCUGAGCCUUACCAUCUAUUCAGCUGCUGUAGUGGAUGCCAUUCAGGUGCAGACCGUUGAGGGCCUGCGGCCUUUCCAUGGGACAAAUACCUGCAAGGGAUGUUCUCCCAUCCAUCCGCCUCAUAAACUUGGGGGAACUCGCUAUAAGAUCAAUCUUCGCUACCCAGAUGAGUAUAUAUACAAGAUCUCUGGAUACGCUGGAUGGAGCUCGGUGAGCAAAACUUGGGGUCUCAGCCAAUUUUACAUCUACAUAAAGAAUAGUGUCCACGGCAAGACUACAACUUAUGGACCAUUUGGCUAUACAGCAGCACGAGAGAAUUUUAGCUCAAAGGAGGGCAAGAUUGUGGGCUUUUGGGGCUACGCCUCUACUACUACAUAUAUGAGAGGCAUUGGCGUCUACAUCCAGGACCCAUUACCACCACCAUCUCCUCCGCCACCAUCACCACCACCAUCUCCUCCGCCACCAUCACCACCGCCUCCAUCAGCAAGCUGCAUUCCCUAUGAGCUAAAUUGUGUUUGUUGCUACGAGACUCCGUCAGCCAAGUGUUGCCCAGAAGAUUACAAAUGCGAGAGUUACAAAGGUGAAUGGAAAUAUCUCUCGAAAUGCGUGCAAAAAUACUCCUUUGAUGCCUGAAAUUAUCAGCUGAUUUAAAAUGAUAUAAAUUUAAUAGAAAAACACUAUUAAAACA